AGUAUUGUGACUGAGCAUCAUGCCUGAUCCCGCCAAGUCUGCACCAGCGCCCAAGAAAGGCUCCAAGAAAGCCGUGACCAAGACUCAGAAGAAGGACGGUAAGAAGCGUAGGAAGACCAGGAAGGAAAGCUAUGCCAUCUACGUGUACAAGGUGCUCAAGCAGGUCCACCCUGACACCGGCAUCUCCUCCAAGGCCAUGGGCAUCAUGAACUCCUUUGUGAAUGAUAUCUUCGAGCGCAUCGCAGGGGAAGCCUCCCGCCUGGCUCACUACAACAAGCGCUCCACCAUCACCUCCCGGGAGAUCCAGACCGCCGUGCGCCUGCUGCUGCCUGGAGAGCUGGCCAAGCACGCCGUGUCCGAGGGCACCAAGGCCGUCACCAAGUACACCAGCGCCAAGUAACCUGCUCCGCCUCCUGCUGUCACCCCAAAGGCUCUUCUAAGAGCCACCCACAUUGUCUAUAAUAGAGCUGGAGCUUCUCCUGUCUGUAU